CAAUUCGUUUUUGAUAUUGUUGUUAGAUGGAAAAUUUCCCAGACUGUUAAAAGCUUCAAGCUGUUUUUGUUUUUGUUGUUAAAACCACUGACUGCUGACAUGGGUUUACAGCUCAUCUGUGUUUGGUUCACAUAAGAGUUUAGUCAUCUUGAACUUUAAGAGGUUGUGCAUUAUUUUAAUAUUGAUUGUUUACAUAAGUCUCAACUUUUACAAAAAGUGCAUAAAGACAGUUUUAGCAGAUCUGAGUAACGAGAUGUUAUGUGAAUAAUGACAUUUAGUUCUGAUUUGUCACUGUCAUUUUUUAUAUCGAUCUUGGGAAUGUCAUUUAUUCUCAAAAGGUAGCAUACCUCAUACAGACAAAACAAAUAGUUUCAUCCUGCUCUGCAGUAUGAUUGAUAGUGACUCAUUUUCUUCUUGAAUGUCAGAUCUAGUCGGCAAGUAGCUCAGUCACAGACUUUUUUUGUAUAGAGUCAAAAUUAGGUUGUCACUCUUAUUUGAGAAUAUUGUUGAUUACUUAGAAAUGCAAAAAGAUGGCAAAGAACCUGAAAACAGAGCAGCAGAAGGGAAACUAAUUCUUUGUUCCCACUGUAUACUAUCCAGCACAACGCUGCGUCAUUGCAGUGAAAAUUAAAUGAAUGGCCAUGUGGUUCAGGCCACAGCUGCCAUGAGUAGGGCACUUUCCCCCCCCCCCGUAGGUAGGAAAAACAAGCUUAAAGACAGAGCGUGUCUCGUAAAGAUGAUGUCAUCAAUGACUGAAGGGCCUCCUUUUUCAUUUGCAGAAAUGAGAUGGGGUGGGUGUGUUCUCUUCUGGGCUGUAAAGACAGCUGAUGGCAUGUAGAUACUGGACUGCUUGACUAGCAGGAAGGAGUUCCAGGUUAUGCUGAGUGAGGUAAAAUGCUGAUUUAGAGCGAAUGUUGUGCAACGAUCAUUGCAACAGGAGGAAUAUCUAAACAGGAACUACAAACUUUCUGUAACAUGAAGACUGUGAAAGUGUGAGAGACAAGAAAGGCUUGAAACAAAUGGAUUGGUUAGCUAUUUCAGAGGGUCGGCUUUAAAGGUCCAGCACCAGGAAGAGAGCGAAAGCAAAUUGGAUAGAAGAGCCGGCACAAAACAGGCUGACUUCACUCUGCACUAUUCAUCUCACUGAGGACUGAGUGAUUCAGCACCAUGGGAAAAUCUGCCUCCAAACAAUUUGCUGAGGAGGUGCUGAAAUUCCACAACGAGUACAGGAAGAAGCACCAGGCUCCUCCACUGAAGCUGAGCAGCAAACUGAGCAGAGACGCUGCUCGGUAUGCUGAAAGUCUGGCUAGCACAAGAAUCCUGAAGCAUAGUGUGGAGUCCAGCAGGGGGAGCUGUGGAGAAAACCUGGCCUGGGCUUCUUAUGACCAAACGGGGAAGGAUGUGGCAGAUCGCUGGUAUGAGGAAGUCAAGCAGUACAACUUCAGCCACCCUGGAUUCUCCUCUGGCACUGGUCAUUUCACUGCAAUGGUGUGGAAGAGCAGCAAGAAGCUGGGUGUGGGAAAGGCCACAGCGUCAGAUGGCUCUUCCUUUGUCGUGGCCAGAUAUUUCCCAGCUGGGAAUGUAACAAACCAAGGUCACUUUGAGAAUAAUGUCCUCCCAUCUAAAACUGGCUUCUGAAGAAAUAUUGAUCUCCCCGGACUUUACUCGAGGCCCAAAAACAUUUGCUUAGCUUUAAAGGGGAAAAGCUGUCUCCCUUGCAGAGCUCUGGAGAAUACAACGGCACAUACAACGUGCUGGCUAAAAACCCAAACUGCGAUAUUGUAGAAUUUUAAAAGAUAAAACACACUCAGUCCUCUGCACCUAUAAAGACCUUUACAGGGCAGAGUGUUCAAAUUGCCUAACAUUUUGUAACUGUAGAUUUUUGCUGUCUAACCACCAUUUUCUUCUAAAUUGUACACUAACGUAUCGUUUCAUGUAUUUUUCUCCUUUUUGUAAAAAUGAGUUGAUAUAGAGAAAUGGUCACAGACAGGCUGACAUAUUACCUGGAUUUGAAGCUGAUGACUGUACAUGUUAGGAAUGUUCUUUUUUUAUUGCCCCUUCUUGUUAAAGAAGACAGGGCUUGUGUUGUUUUUCAUAUUCUAACUUGUUUUUUACAAUAAAGCUGAACGAUUGUCAUAACAAAA